AUGACCCCACCAAUUGCCGUUAUAGUCGGAGCCCUAGGAGCGCAGGGCUCCAGCGUCCUCUCAACCCUCUUGAAAUCAAAGAGCCACUACAAGAUCCGUGCUCUCACCUCCAACGCAACAAGUCCCGACGCCAUCCGCUUAGCCUACUCCAAUCCCAACAUUGAAGUCUUGCAAGCCGACCUCUCCUCCCCACCUAGCCUCCUCGCAGCAUUUACCGGUGCAAGCAUCAUCUUCGCCAACACAGUCUUCAGACCAGAUGUAUUCCUUACACGGGGCGCAGCUGCCGCGGAGGAACUUGAGGCGUCUCAAGGGCUGAAUAUCGUGCAAGCUGCGUCAAAGGUUGCGUCGACACUGCAGCACUUCAUCUGGUCGACUCUUCCCGACGGAGAGGGGAUAACGGGUGGUAAAUAUAAGAUCCCGCAUUUCCAGUCCAAGAUCCCUGCGGAGAGGUAUCUGCUUGAUCCAGCGAAUGGGCUGGUAGGCAAGACGACCUUCCUGCGUGUUGGGAUGUAUGGAUCGAAUUUAGUGAGGGACCCGUAUAAACCUGUUUUUGUGAAAGAACAAGGAAAAUACAUAAUGACACUCCCCUGCUCCCCAUCGACCGUUAUCCCAUUCGUCGGGUCAGAAACGCCUAACGUCGGAGUCAUCGUGGACGCCAUCAUCCGCCAACCAGAGAAAACACUGGGAAAGUUUGUCCUCGGCGUAUCAGAAUAUCUUACAGCGGCUGAAUGGGCAGCGGCGUUAUCAGCAGGUUCGAACGUCGAGGUUACGUUCUCGGAGACGAGUCUUGAGGACUACGAACGUCGGUGGGGCCCUAUUGGGACGGAAAUCGGCUUGAUGUUCAGGUUUAUCGAGGAGCUGGGGCAGGGUAGUUUUGCUGCGGGGGCGGAUGGUUCGUUAAUUGUCACGCCCAAGGAUCUGGGUGUUCAGGGUCUUCUGCAUAGCACGGAGGAUAGCCUGCGGAAAUUUCGCUGGGGGGAGAUCCUGAACUGA